CGCCGGCCGGCAGCGAGCGCAGAUCCGGCCGAACCUCAGUCACUGAGCCGAGGGGGACUGAGCCAGUGGGGCUCCGGGUGGUCAGUGCCUCCCCCUCCAACCCGCGGAGCCUGGCCCGUGCUAAAGCAUGAAGCACAAGCCUCCAGUUUAUCGCGGAUUAAAAGAUUCCAGACUGGGUUUCACACCCUCCCCAUCCCGCGCUGACAACGAAUGCAACCUUCACCUUGGAAGCGAAACUCGUCCUUGUGUCUCAGCUCUAGGUUCCUGCCGCAGGAACAUUGGCUGCAAUAGUUUUUGUUCAAAACUGAAAAUGCUGGAAACACUCAGCAGGUCAGGCAGCAUCUGCAGAGGGAGAGAGAGAGAGAAAAACAGCUAACAUUUCGGAUUGGAGACCCUUCAGUAAACGACAAACAAACCUGCAGAUGCUGGAAAUCUGAACCAAAAGCUGAAAAUGCCAUGAACACUCAGCGGGUCAGGCAGCGUCUGUGGAGAGAGAACUUUUGACAUGUCAGGAGCGAACAAUUCCGUCUGUUGUCUGUCUGCUGAUCCAAAAUGGAGAGGAUGGCACUCCCAGCAGGAGAGGGGCCGCAGAAGAGAGGCAGCGCCCCUCCCCUCGGGGACUGGCGGGUUGGCCGGGGGAGGGGCUUGGGGCGCCGUGGCCCCUCCCUCCUCAGCAGUCGGCUGGAGGUCGCAGAGGACGAGGAGCUGACCAGCUUGAACUGGCUGCACGAGAGCAAGGACCUGCUGAUGGCCAUGAGCCUGGAUGGGCGACCCCUGGCCAACCCCCUCCCUGCUCAGCCCAAGGAGAAGCAGCCGCUUCCGGUCGCCGAAGGGCAGGCCAAACCUCGGGAGACCAAAAAGCCCCCCUACUCCUGGAACAGCCUGAUCUUCAUGGCGAUCGAGGGCUCACCUCGGAGGUGCCUGCCGGUGAAAGAGAUUUACAAGUGGAUCUUGCAACAGUACCCCUACUUCAAGAGGGCCCCCGGGAGCUGGAAGAAUUCGGUGCGGCAAAACCUGUCCCUCAACAGGUGCUUCAGGAGAGUGGUGAAGUGCAGCAGAGAGGCUUUGGGUAAAGGCUCCUUCUGGUCUGUUGAUAGGGAAUUCAGACCAAGUCUGCUGCAGGCCAUUCGGAAAAGAAACCUGCGGCUCCACAGCCCCAGCCUCAGUUCCAGUGCCACGGUUCAGCAGAACCCAUCCUACAGUCAGAACACAGCCGGACAAGGCCAGGACCAGCCCCCCGUCUCCAGUCAAGUCCACAGCAUUACUCCUGCACUCUUACCUGAUGCGACCAAUACAAUUACCAGUGGAGAGUCCGCCCAGACAAACAGCCGGGACCUAGCACCACGUCCAGUCUGGGGAGACGUCUGUCUCACCAGACACGCACCAGCUGUCUGCGCCAUGCCCAACGGAGACCACAACUACAGCUUGGCGAGGAACAGCGAGUGGCAGGUCUGGCCCCCGGGAGCCAGCGGUCAGGUCCAGGAGCAACACAGAACCGUCUCCGCUAAGGUCGAGCGGGAGGGUGAUGAGGGCAGCGAGGGAUUCGUGAGCGGCAGCGAGUCGGAGACGGAGGACGAGGGGGCCGAGGACUCGCUGGCUGACAGCGGCUACAUCCCACUUGGCGUCCAGCCCCCUUGCGCCACGGAGGGGUUGGGGGGAAGCCCCUGCCUUGGGGAACGGGAGGCGCUGGGCUUCUCAGACAUCGACGAGGAGCUGCAUGAGGUGGCUGGGUCCCUGCUCAACCUGGCUGGGAUCCACAGCUGAAGGAGAGCUUGGGUUGAACACUGGAGGAUUGGGGAGGAGCAGAGAGCUGCAAAUAUUCAACUGACACUACGCAGCCCCACCCCUGGGGGCUCACACUAGCUUCCCCUUCCCCAGCUCCCUGUGACUCCAAGGUUUGGUGAGCUACACCAGCUCAAGAAGGUCCAUGGGCCUGUGUAAUUUAGUACCCCAGUGGGCAGUGCUCCCCGUCCCCAUUCCCCCAUGUUGCUCCAAACCACCCUCCCUUGUAGGAUUUCAUUUUGAACUGAAUCACAAGGAGAAAGAUUUUAAGGAGACAACAAGAGAGUGAAGAUGCUGGAAUCUUUCUCAACCAAACAAUCUACUGGAGGAACUCAGCGGGUUGAAGUUUUGGGUCAAAACCCUGCAGUAGGAUUCAGGGUUUCAACCCGAAACGUUGACAAUUCCUUUGUCCCCACACUUGCUUCUCGGCCCGCUGAGUUCCUCAGGCAGAUUGACUGUUGAGAAAGAUUUUAAACUUGUGCCGUUAUCCUUUUCAGUGCCCAGUAACUUCCUUUCCAACCUCAGAUCUCCUGAUCACUAUGGGCUGUGGCCUUGGUGAAGGAGCAUGGACAGGAGGGAAGAGCUUGGAGCUUGCAUACACUGCUCUGCUCGGACAUAUGGACAGUCACAUUCAUGUACAGUCUCAAUCAGAUAUACACAUGACCAGAUAUACACACAGAACACCACAGCACAGAAAACAGGCCAUUCGGCCCUUCUAGUCUGUGCUAAAAACUUUGUUCCGCUAGUCCCAUUGACCUGUACCCAGUCCAUAACCCGUUCUUGUAUCUAUCCAAUUUAUUCUUAAAACUUAAGAGUGAGCCCGCAGUUACCAUGUCAGACGGCAGCUCGUUCCACACUCCCACCACUCUCUGAGUGAAGAAGCUCCCCCCAAUGUUCCCCCUAAACCUUUCCCCUUUCACCCUAAAGCCAUGUCCUCUCGUACUUAUCUCUCCUAAUCUAGGUGGAAAGAGCCUACUCACAUUUACUCUGUCUAUACCCCUCAUAAUUUCGCAAACCUCCAUCAAAUCUCCCCUCAUUCUUCUGCGCUCCAAGGAAUAAAGUCCUAACCUGUUCAAUCUUUCCCUGUAACUCAACUCCUGAAGACCCGGCAAUAUUCUAGUAAAUCUCCUCUGCACUCCAGUCUUACUGAUAUCCUUCCUAGAGUUAGGUGACCAGAACUGCACACAAUACUCCAAAUUUGGCCUCACCAAUGUCUCAUACAACCUCACCGUAACAUCCCAACUCCUGUACUCAAUACUUUGAUUUAUGUAUGAACGUUCAUGUAAACUCAUGGACAGAUGCAUAUACACAUGAACAGGCAUGCAAACAAUUCCUGAGCAUUCAGUUGACAGGGAUGUGAUGGGCCAACCUAUCUUCUCCUGUGCCAUAGCUUUCUAUAACUUUACAAACUGGCUGAUGUGAAGAAUUCUGAAUCGUCUGUGGCUUUAUACUCAGAUUGAGCAUGAGACUUGGGAGGUUUUCAGCUUUUUGUUUCACCGAAUAUUCAAACAGGUCAGACUGCAAUGAAGUGAGGUGCCUCUCACAGUUUACAGACAGAAGGUGCCAUCAUUGUGCCAAUGGGUGUUUCUGUUUAUUAAAGCAUUCAUGUUCCUGAAAUGAAUAAAAGG